AUGAUGGGCUUAUGUGACAAGGCCGACGAAGCUCGUUUGCUUGCGGACCAGGGAUUGCUCAAAGAUCCAGCGGACAUCCCAGUUGUCUACCAACAAGUCCAGAAAUCGGUAUGGGCAGAUUUGAAAGGAGCCGACACGCAGACCAAGAAAUCGGAAAUCGCCAGCGAGCUUUUUGAUCAUAUGUCUGCUGCGCGAGAGGUCCUCGGACUCGUCCUGAGCUACACGCUAUACUACAUCUCGCAGAACCAGCAGGCACAAAACCGCCUCCGGAGCGAACUCGCAUCAGCGGGCCUAUCCAUCACUAUCACGGAUAGCGAGCCGAACCCGACGCUACCAUCGCCUGCCUCCCUCGACAGUCUCCCCUACCUCACUGCUGUCCUAAAUGAAUCUUUCCGCAUGCGUCCGAACAGUAGGCCCUUGCCUCGCAUCACGCCUCACGAUCACGCCGUCAGCCUCGCCGGCAUCGAUAAUAUCCCACCAGGCACACGUGUCAACUCAUUCCCUUGGCUUGUGCAUCGAGAUCCAAGACAGUGGGACCAACCAGAUAAGUGGAUACCCGAAAGGUGGCUACAGGGCGAGGGAAAGGGUCUUGACAAUAAAGGCGUGCUGUGGGUGUUUGGGAGCGGGCCGAGGAUGUGCGUGGGGAGUCAUCUCACGCAGUACAGUAAGGAUCUUCUCCAUGUCCCACCUCGUGUUGAUGACAGAUCGAAUACACUGAUGCUCUUUUACAAGUGA